CCUAGGGAAGAUAAGAGAGAUAAGACUGAUAAGAGUGCGCGUGAUUGACAAAAAGUGCGUGAUUCGGACUCGCGAGUCGUCGACGUUCCUCCAGAGGCCGAGCCUCCCCUGUCGCGCGUUACGCACUCCGGAAAGUCCGCGCGACGCUGGCCGUUCCGUGGGCUGGAUUUUAAAGAGCGUCGCAUUUCACGUCUUCCGCGGGUGGGCACAGUUGAAACUCCUUACCGGGGAGUACCGAUGGUAAAAAUGAUUCUCGGCGUCGAGUCAGCUCGGCUUCAGCUCGCCCUGAAUCGCUGGACUUUAUUGGUUAUGACACACCGCCCGAGUUUACAAACGAAAGAAUUAUCCGAAUCCGAAUGUUAUGUGGUUUAAACGUAUAGUUUAUAACAAAUUUUCGCGAUUGCGAACAGUUGUUGGAGCCAAGUGUUUGAUCGUGUUUGAUCUCACAAUCAGUCGCAAAUGGCUGACCCUCGUAAAUUGAUAAAGUUAUCAGUUGCAUUUUUUUUUUGUGACGUUUAACCUAGACUGACCUAGACGUUAUCGUAGAAACCGAUAGGAGACGAGAGCUAACGGGAGCCGCUGGAGGAGGGAAAUUUAAGGAGCGAUUUAUAAAGUUUGUUGAGAAAAAUUAGGAUUACAGUUGCGUACAAAUAAUAAAACAGCAUUAGAAGUCUUAAGUGUUUUGUGUCAGGAAACUUCGAAUAAGCCAGAGCACUUUGAAGACUGUUGUAUAUUAAGGAAAAUAACUUUUUGCUCUGUUACAGUAAAGUGUCUUGGAACGCCAGGAAUUUUCACUGGGGAUUUUACUUCACUCCCUACUGAUUUAUCUAGAAGAUUAUCUGAAGAAGGAAUGCUCGACUCACGCAAAGACGAUGACUCCUCGUCUAGUAUAUCCUGAUUAUGAAAUCUUUCUCUUUUGUGUUCUUCUACUGUUGUAAGAGCAAAUCUACAUAAAUAUAUGGAAACACAGUUUAAAUUUACAUGAUUAUGAAAUAAUACUGAAAUGGUAUCGUAGUUCAGAACAUGUUACCAUCGAGAUGCAUUGAUCAGGAUAUACGUGAAAAUUAUAGCUGACCCAUUUGCUAUACUUUACCCAAUAAUAUGGUGAUGGCAGGAAACGAAAAUGCGCCAGGAGACUUGGCAGACAAUCCGUUAUCUGCGAGACUGCAAUGGCUACGUCAGCGCAGAGAAGCCUUGCAAGAGAAGCUUGCCCAAAAAAAUAAUGAGUUGAAAAAUCUGUGCGUGGAGGAGGCGGAGAUAACGGGGGUUCUACCACCGGAAAUACCUCUGGAGCCCGGCGAAAGUCCGCCAGCUUUUCGUAGAAAAGUGGGCACUUCCUUUGUACAGCCGCAGAAAACGACCAAGUUGAAGACACCCGAUGCUGAGGAGUCGGAAUUGGAGUUGGAGAGGCAAAUACAUCUCGGAAUUGUGGAAGCUGCAUUGGGUAUUAUUAAUGAUUCUACGGAAAGUAAGACCACACGACGCAAGCAGAGGCUCGCUUAUCAGCAAAGUCAGCGAAGACUGCAAGAACUGGAGACGCAGCUGAAUUUCAUUAGGCAGUCUCGUGGUAAAACACAGCGGCCAACUCAGUUGUCGGUGAACACGGGAAAUUACAAUACGCAACCGCAUUCACACGUUAACGUGAAACACAGGACGAAGAAGCCACGGCCACCGUUAGAUAGUACAGGAAAUGAGAUAACAACUCCGAAGUCCAUUGGAAGAGGUAUACUUCAUGAACCUGGCGUCAGUUUGAGUCCCCUGGCACCCGAGGACAAAUCGAGCACUUACCACGCCGGGCAUGGGUACGAGGAGCAGCUGACCGUGCCGAGCGUUUGCAGCCAUCACCAUCACAGCGGCUCGUAUCCCGGCGUGAGCCCGGUCGAGCAGCCAAGCAUCAAGAUCGUGGAGCACGAUCACAACGAUAAUCACAACAUCUACAUUUUACCGGAGCAGUAUCGCGCGCGCACGUAUUCCCACGGUAGCGGCGGGUCUCGCGGCCAUUAUCCGGACACCGAGAGAAUGUACCGGCCUUACGUGCCGAACACCUACACCGAGGACGAGCGUCAGAUGCGCUACCGUCAAUUCCAGCAUCUGCAGAAGCAGCAGCAGCAGCUGCAGGAUCAGAUGCAGCAGGCCCACAGGCACCAGUACCUGAAUUCCUUCGAGUUCCACAAGCAGGUGAUGGUGGACAACGUGGAUUUCAUACGCAGAAGCAGCUACGACAGAGAUUUUCGCUCGUCCUACCUGCCCAUCGAUUACCAGGCCUACUACAAGAACAGCGCGCAAUGCCAGCAGAUCUUACAGAGGCGCGACCGCGACUCGUCGUUACAGUCCUGCGUGAAGAACACCUCGCGGCACAGCGGCGGCGGCGGCGGCGGCAGCACGAUGUCGAUCGAGGCGCAAUUGCCGUCCGGCUACUGGGUGCGGCACAACGACGACAUUCACUGGAUAAGCACGGACGAGCCCGACAGAUUCGGCAGUUUGGAUCGCAGACGCCGGAACGCUCAGCACAGCAGUGCCAGCGACGCGAAUCUGGACGCGCAUUCGCGUUACCGCACGGUCGCCGUCGCGUGCCCGUCGAAGAGCUCGUCGAACAGCAACGUCACCGCGUCGUCCUAUCAGCAUCACUCCGUUCAUCUGCUGCCGUUGUCCGAGCAACAAACGCUGCCGACGAGCAACAAGAUGCUGCUGCGCACGCAGUCGUUGGGAAGCGUGGAGACCUGGCAGUCGUCGUGCCACUCGCACGACGCGCACGACGGCAAGGACGCGUCCGCGGGCCAGGAGUACGCCAACAACAAUCGUAAGGGUCGUCAGAAGGAGUGGUACGAGACGUCGUUGGACGCGGGGGCGAGCGCGGGCUUGGAUCAGUCGCACCACAAUCUGGCCACCGCGCGCAAGAACGUGCAUUAUCACUCGAGUCCGCCGCCCGCUCGUAUCAAGGCUGCCGCUAACGAGAACGCGAGAGACAGUCAGACGACCGCCGUCGGACCGCCACCGCCGAUGAGCCCCCCCGUGAAUCGUCACAAGAGGGACAAGCCCGAGGAGCGGCAGCACGCGGUGCAGCAGUCGCAUCCGCAUUACGAUCAGCCCGCGACAACCAGGUCGAAGGUGUUGGAGAUACCGGCCGAAUCGAAGCCGUCCCUGGACGUCUGCGAUAACGUGGCGAUACGGCCGCUGGGCUCGCCGCAGAACUGCACGGUCGUGCAGCCGGGAAAGUAUCAGCCGUACAGGGAGGUGACGAAGCCGUUCGAGAUGUCGGACUUCUACAAGUACUCGACGAAGUUCCGCAAGAGGAACGAGGCCGCCGCGCAGUCGUCUCAGGUCGGAAACGGAGAUUCGCCGCUCCAGGAGAACCGUCCCGCGGAAACGGCCACCGCCGACUUAUCCAGGGAUUCCAACUCGUACAAUUUCGGGCCGAACGAUAAUAUCACCGCCAGUCCAGUACAAAGGAGACUCUAUCAGCCGGUACAGCGCAUGACUUGCCAGCCGUACAUCUCGUCGUUGAGAUAAUUCGUCUGCGCUCGCCUAUAAUGUAAGAUUUAUUCAUGCUGUCACGUUGUCACACAAAUGUCAGAUGGAAUUAUUCGUUCGAAGGUAGGCUGGUCCUAUCGAUAAACAUUUUCUUGGCUCAUCUUUAGCCAAACAUUUCACUAGUUGCAUCAUAUAAACAGGGUGUCCUGCAUUAACGCUUCUUUCCUCAUAUUUCUUGGCUUCAAAUUGAUCAGAAAAUGUAUAAUACUAAAUAUUACUGCGUUCAUAACGAGAUCUGUAUAUAUAUAUGUA